AUGGGCAAGAAUAGUUCGGGUGAAUCAUCUUCAGAUGAUGAUCGUAAGAAAAAGCACAAAAAGAAUAAGGACAAGAAAAAGAAGAGUAAAAAGGAUAAGAAAAAGCAUAAAAAAGACAAGAAGUCUGAUAAGCAUAAGGAGAAGAAAGAAAAAUCUUCAGUCAAAUUGAAGCCUGACAGAACUCGAGAAUAGAUCUAGUUUAGCAAAGAUGUUAAAGAGAUGUUUCACAAAUUUGCAGCUAAUAUAGAAUUCGAUAGAUCUGCCUAUUAACCAUCAAACAAUGACUUUGGGCCUUAGCCUACUCUAAAAGACCAAAUAAAUUCAGGUUCAAUCUUGAGAGAUAUGUAUCACAAACCUAAAUAAGUUGCUCCUAUAGCUGCUACUGUCCAUGAAUAUGAUAAUAAUGAAUUUAUGAAUAGUGUGAAAGAGAGAAAAAAGGAAAUAUUCAACCAGAUACUUGGUAUAGAAGAAUAAAAAGAUGAAGAUCAGGAAUAAGACAAUUUAGCUUUAUAAAACCCAGAGGAAAAGACUUAAGCAACAAAUUAAGAAACAGAACUUAGCGAACUCAGUGUUAAGAAAAAAAGGGAACCGCCACCAUAAAAAGUUGAGGAAAUGCCUCUAAGUUUUAGAGAAAGACUACUUUAGAACUCAUAAGCUCCUGUGGUUGGAAAUAUUUUGAAUUCUAUAAAGUAAAGGGAAGAAGAAAUGCGAAUGAAGGAGGAAAAGUAGAGGCACAAGGAUCGUAAUUUAUCGAAUAAGUUAUCUUACUAACCAUCGGCUGCAUAGCUAUAACUGUAAAAGUAAUAAAGAUAAGCUCUAACUGAUGAAGAGCAGUUUUAGAGAAAACUACAAAUUGCUAUAAAUAAGAAGAAAAGAGAAAAAAAGGAAGAGAGGAAAUAAGUGAAACUGCAAAAGGAAAAAGAAAUUAUGGAAGAGAAAAUGAGGAAGAUACAAUAUUCGAGGCUGAAAAGAAAGCGCCGAGCUGAGUAUAAAAUGCGAUAGAAAGAAGCAAUGAGGAGUAGGAAAAAUUUAGAAGGUGAAAUAUCUAUGUAGUAUAAUGAGAAGGGGCGGAAAAUUGAGGAAGGAUAUCUUAACACUCUUAAUUAGAUGAGGAAAGAGUCUGCAGAAUUAAAGAAAAAGGAAAAGGAAUCUGAAAGUAAUGAUGGUAGUGAUUUAUCAGAUGAUGAUGAUGAAUUGAGUGCUGAUGAUAAUAGCGAUUGA